AUGAGAGUCGUGUUCAUACUUUUGGCCCUUGUGGGUCCUAUUAUGGCCAUAGAUGAGCAUAUCGAUGGACCCGAAGAUAUAUACAAACAAAAAUUCUUAUUUGAAAUUGUUUAUCGGGUCGAAGAUCCCUUAAUGUUCGAGGAAUACAUAAAAUUGGGUAAAAGUUUUCUAUAUCACGAGAAUGAUUAUUAUCACUCGGAAGAAUAUGCCGGAUACAGGGAGAAAUAUUACAAGGCCUAUACACAUGGAAUGACUUUGCCGAAAGGUGCCUUUUUUGGCACCAUGAUUCCCGAUCAUCAAGAACAAUUACAAGGACUUUUGGGUUUCUUGUACUAUGCCAAGACAUGGGAUAUAUUCAAGCGUAACGUAUGCUGGGCCCGUCUACAUGCAAAUGAGGCAAUGUUUGUACAAGCUCUUACUCUGACCGUAAUGCACAGCAGAUAUUUCAAGGGUCUUAUGAUGCCAAUGAUCUAUGAAAUAUUUCCACAACAUUUCUUCAAUAGUAAAUUUAUACACAAAGCUGAGCAAUUCGAUUUCAAACAUUGGAGUAAGCAGGCUAUGUAUGAAAAAGAAUACGGCGACUUAAUGGACAAUUCUAAGAGCAAUUUAAAUAGCAAAGAUUGGAAACUUUGGCAAUGGUGGAAAAUAAUGGGAUUGUCGGAAACUUGGUAUGCUGAUGAGCAGAGUACCGACGAUAUAAAAGCCUUCUGGAUGCCUGUCGAUUAUACACGCGACCUUGACUUUAUGAAUGAGGAAUCAGCAUUAUCGUAUUUUACCGAAGAUUUAGAUUGGAAUGCCUAUUGGUAUUAUUUCCAUAUGGGCUACUAUUCAUGGUUAGAUGAAGAUGCAUUUGGCUUGAAGAACGAUCGUCGUGGUGAAUAUUUUGCAUUCUUUGUACGGCAGAUACUUGCGCGUUACGCGUUGGAACGUUACUCACACAAGCUUGGUGAUAUCUCCUUGGUGCAUAGGUACAAAACUGUGAAACAUGGUUAUAAUCCUCAAUUAUCGUUUUAUAAUGGUAUUAGUUAUUCGACUCGCAGUAAUAAUUUCAAUUUGAAAAGCGAGGGUAACACGGAACUUCAUAGAAAAUUUGCCAUCUUUAGAAAACGCCUCAACAAAGCUAUUGCAGUAGGCCACUAUACCAUGGCCAAUGGUACAAUUGUCGAUUUACGCCAACCCGAAUCUAUUGAAUUCAUCGGAAAUCUAAUGCAGGGUAAUGCCAAUGCUGCAUUUGGCUCAUAUUGGUUACAGUGGGUAUAUAUGUAUUUCGCUCAAGACGAUCAUCCCGAAAUAAAUUAUCCCCACACAAUUUUAAAUUAUGAAACUAUGCUACGGGACCCUAUCUACUAUCAGACUUUAGUGAAAUUAGUCGAUCAUUUUUAUUUAUUCCAUAAAUUCCUAAAACCCUAUACUAGUGAAGAAUUAUCGAUGCCUGGCCUUGUGAUUCGGGAUGUACACAUAUCACCGCUGAUAACAUUUUUCGAUUUAUAUGAUUAUGACGUCACCAAUUUGUUAAAUGACAAAAUGUCUUUCGUAGAUGGAGAAUUUGUGUGGGAUAAGGUUUUACAGGCACGUCAAAUGCGUUUGAAACACAAAGAUUUCCACAUAACGUUUGACAUUGAAUCGGAUAAGACACAGAGAGUAGUUGUGCGCACAUUUUUAGCUCCAAAAUAUGACGACAAUGGUCGUGUAAUAUCAUUGGCAGAAAAUCGUAAACAUUUCUGGGAAAUGGAUAAAUCAAUGGUCCAGCUUGAACGUGGAAGGAAUUUUGUUAAUUUGACUUCAAACACGUUACGUCAUAAAAUCGGCAAUCGUUAUACAUACACACAGCGAUAUAAAGAUAUAAUGUUUAAUUUAGCUGAGUCUAGGUCAGAUAUUAAAUUAGUUGAUGACUACUGUGGAUUCCCGGAACGUUUAAUUUUACCACGCGGUUGGUUGCAAGGUAUGCCAAUGCAAUUCUAUUUCAUUAUUACACCCUAUACAGAGACCGGACAUUCAAAUGAAAAAAUGUGCAGUUUUGGUAAUGGUAGCCCUUACAUUGAUAAUCGUCCUUUGGGCUAUCCUUUUGAUCGUGAAAUUAAUGAAUAUGAAUUCUUUACUUCGAAUAUGUUUUUCAAAGAUGUGAAGAUCUAUCAUGAAGAUCUGUUCACUGAAAAUUUUGGUCUAACAUAUAAAGAACAAUUUGAACAUUUCAUUAUGAUUUUACAACAACAACAACUGCACACUUUACAUGCAACAAUAACAACUAUGGCCAUGACGAGCAAUACCGUUUCCCAACUACCUGUACUAACUUCCAGACAUAGUCAACAGCAGCAGCAGUAA